CGGGAAGAUGCUGCUGUCCCUGGUGCUCCACAUGUACUCCAUGCGCUACCUGCUGCCGAGCGUCGUGCUCCUGGGCUCGGCGCCCACCUACGUGCUGGCCUGGGGGGUCUGGCGGCUGCUGUCCGCCCUCCUGCCAGCCCGCAUCUACCAGGCGGUGGACGACCGGCUGUACUGGGUCUACCAGAGCACGGUGCUCUUCUUCUUCGAGAACUACACCGGGGUGCAGAUAUUGCUAUAUGGAGAUUUGCCAAAAAAUAAAGAAAAUAUAAUAUAUUUAGCAAAUCAUCAAAGCACAGUUGACUGGGUUGUUGCUGAUAUUCUGGCCAUCCGGCAGAAUGCUCUCGGACACGUGCGCUACGUGCUGAAGGAUAGGCUCAAGUGGCUUCCAUUAUAUGGGUGUUACUUUUCUCAGCAUGGAGGGAUCUAUGUGAAGCGAAGUGCCAAAUUUAACGAAAGAGACAUGAGGAGGAAGCUGCGGAGUUACGUGGACGCGGGGACCCCAAUGUAUCUUGUGAUUUUUCCAGAGGGAACAAGGUAUAAUCCAGGACAGACAAAGCUCCUUUCGGCUAGCCAGACAUUUGCUGUUCAACAAGGCCUUCCAGUAUUAAAGUAUGUGCUGACACCAAGAAUAAAGGCAACUUAUGUUGCUUUUGAUUCUAUGAAGAACUACUUAGAUGCGAUUUAUGAUGUUACAGUGGUUUACCAAGGGAAAGACAAUAAAGGAGAGCGAGAAGAGUCACCGUCCAUGACGGAAUUUCUCUGCAAAGAAUGUCCAACAAUUCAUAUUCACAUAGCUCGUAUAGACAAGAAAGAUGUCCCAGAAGAACAAGAGUAUAUGAGAAGAUGGCUUCAUGAGCGUUUUGAGAUAAAAGAUAAGUUGCUCAUAGAAUUCUUUGAUUCACCGGAUCCAGAAAGAAGAAACAAAUUUCCUGGGAAAUGUAUUCAUUCCAAACUAAGUCUCAAGAAGACCUUGCCAUCACUGUUGAUCCUCAGUGGACUGACUGCUGGCAUGCUGACCACGGAGGCGGGAAGGAAACUGUAUGUGAAUACGUGGCUCUACGGGACCCUGCUGGGCUGCCUGUGGGUCACCAUCAGAGCAUGAGCAGGAGGCACCCCAGCCACAAAUGUGCUGCCUUGCCUCGCCGUUGUGGCUGCCUAGUACGUCAACUUGUUUCCUGAGUUUAGUAAGAAGUGUAAAUAAAGCCUUGUUGAUUGAACAUUGGAUAAGAUAGAGUUUGUGACUAAAGCCGAUAAGCAGAUGAUCUUGGGCAAACAUAAGGUGGUUUUUCAACGUUAUUGCAGGAGCUGCUGGAAAGGUAAAAGCCAAGUGGAGCUUAUGCUAUUCUUUACACCUCCCACGAGCUAACGUCAGCUUCCGAAGAUUAUUAGCAUUGUAUAAUUUGAUGUCGUUUUGUAAUUUAGAGGGCUGUAUUUUUAACAUUAAUUUGCAGCAUAUUUCACUCUAUUUGUUAUUUUCAGUUUUUUUUUUUUACAACCUGACGACUCCAAACUCAUCACUGUUUAGUAUCUUGAAGCUAGCAAUAUUUGGCUUUUUCUUACUUUGUGCAAGCCCAUGAAAGAAAUUGAAUUUAAGUAUGAGUACGUUCAAGGAAAAGGGCAAGAAAUGUUCAUGGGGAAAGAAAUUCUGUUCAGUGUUUUUUUUUUUUUUUUUUUUGUAUUGCGAUAUUAGCUGAUUUUACUUUGUAUUUGAAAAAUAAUUAACAUUUCUAAUAUUUAUUCAAAACACUUAAUUUGCAUACCCUAUACUCUGCACAAGAGAAUAAUGUAUCAAAUGUCAGAAUGAACUUUAAGUUAAAUUUGCAACUGAUACAUUACAACAGAACUUGAAUUUGCCCAGCUUUUGAAGAUUUAAGCUACGCUAUUAGUACUUCCCAACAUCUGUGCCAUAAGUGCUUGAAAACAAAAUUGUUUCCUGUUAUUUUUUAUAUCAGAGUAAUUACUGUGAACCUUUGUCUGGAUCUGGAGUCCCCAGGUCUUUGAGGUGGUCGGAGCCCACAAACAUCACGACUCCAUUGCUAGCAUGUGCCUUUGGCCUCUUUUCUCUUUGAUCUAGCCAACUGUUUGAUUCAGAAACCAUCUUUCUGCUAUCAUGGUAGCUGCACUGGGCCCUUCCUUCCUCCCGGACCCCUUCCUUCAGUGGUGCUGCUCCUAGCUUGCACAGUAGACCAGCAGUGAAGAGUGGCCGGCCAGCGGGCCUGGCUUGGAGUGGAACUCACCAGGCACUCCGAGCAAGCUUCCCAGACUUCUGCAGAGGCAUCUCACAUUUGUUCAGUGUCAAGAAAUUCACCUUCCUCACAUCAUUCAUCAGGACUGAGUAGAUUUGGUUCUUUCCGUUGGUUUAAAUGGAGCUACAAAGUGAGAAUAAGAGCUACUACGUUCCAGGAACCAAAUCACAGCUUUCAGUCAUGGAAGAAGACCUUUUUAAAGGUCUGUUUUUAUGCUCUGUUUUUAUGUUAUAAUUUAAAUACAACUGCUUUCUGGUGUUUUAAGAUAACAAUUCUGCUUUCUGUUGGUCAGUUUUUGUUGCAAAAUCAUUUUGUGACCCAGAUGAAACACACCAAUUGAAUUAUAAAAAGCAAAAUGGAGGGAAAAAAAUCGAGGGAAAUUUUCUCUAUCUUCCGUUACUUUUCCAAAACCAGAGAAUAAGCCAUUUCAAACAAUACCUUUGAAGAGUAGUGUGGUGUGAAUCAGUCUCUGUCCGUUAGUAUGUGUAUGUGUACAACAUUCAUAUGCCUAUCUUCCCGCAGAAUACGGUUAGCCUGACUAUGAGUGGAGGCUUGGAUCAGACUCAUGAAAAGUGUCCUCAUGCUGAAUUGCCGUUUUCUUUUACAUGUAAAGUGAAAUUUAGAUCAAUUCCAUGUCUCUGUUAAAUACUUUUUUUUUAAGUCCUAAUUUUAGAGCUUGUUUCUGACAAAUCAAAAUGAAUUUAAGUUGUGGAACUUGGAAUAUCAUGGAUAUGCUUCUAUUUAAAUUUUAAGAGAAAAUAUUAUUGGAAUUAUGUGGAUUACAAAUGAUUUUAACAAGAAAGGUGACCUUCAUGAGGUCACUUUUGAAUAAGGUGUUUCUUAGGACUGUAUUUAACUUUCUUAUCACAAAAGGUCAAUAAAACAUGGGAGUUGGAAACAUUUUUGUAUCAAAACAUUUGAGAAGUCAGAAACUUAACACAUGUUGAUGUUGACUUGAAUUAACUGUUUUCUAAAAUUAAAAGCUAUAUGCCUACCUGUAAAUCGUUUCACAUUAUCAUUUUAAGCUUUCGUUGUAUUAUUGUUGAUUUACAGCUUACUUAUUACUUGGUUUUUCUUUAUAAGAAUUUCAUCAUUGUGCAUGCUUUUAUGUUUUUCAGCAAAGGGUGUGUUUGGAUGAAAGUAAAAAAUAAAAUAAAACCUUUCACUGUC